ACCCAAACCCGAUCACAGUUUCUGUUUUUGUUGAGCAAAAAUAUCACUACAAACAACACUCUACUUCCUAUAAGUAUUAAACUACACAACUCUACAAGGUUCUAGCAACAGAGCACCACUAUUAGAAUUACAUUAUAUACUACAUACAUACUCAAUUCAAUUUUACAGAUCAAUUCCAUGAACGAUUAGGUUUCAUCACUUUACAAUGAAACGCACCUUGUUAGGAGGACCAGCUUCCUCGCGUUUCGUGAUUCCUUCUUCUUCAGAUGAUACAACAUAUGGCUCCCCUCAUUGGAUUGGUAAAGGACUGACAUGUGUUUGUUUCAAGCCUAAGGGAAACUGUCAACCAGUCUGCAUUACUUUGACCCCUUUACAGGAGGAAAGGCUUAGAAGAUUAAAAUGCAGAAUGAAAGUUUACUUUGAUGCUUCCAAGCUUGAUCACCAGGAUGCUUUGAGAGCUCUUUGGUCUGCUUCGUUCCCCGGCCAUGAGCUCAGAGGUUUGGUUUCUGAUCAAUGGAAAGAAAUGGGAUGGCAGGGAAGAGAUCCUUCUACUGAUUUCAGAGGUGCUGGUUUUAUAUCCUUGGAGAACCUCCUAUUCUUCGCUAAGACAUUCUCCACUUCUUUUCAGAAUCUUCUGAUGAAGCAAGGAAGAAAGGGAGUUGUGUUCGAGUAUCCCUUUGCUGUUGCUGGUGUAAAUAUUACUUUCAUGAUUAUGCAAAUGUUAGACCUUGAUGCAGCAACCAAACCAAGGACUUUCAUUAGAACAGUUUUUCUACAAAUGCUUUCAGAAAAUGAAUGGGCAUUUGAUUUACUUUAUUGCGUUGCAUUUGUGGUCAUGGACAAACAGUGGUUGGAGACAAAUGCUACAUACAUGCAAUUUAACGAUAUCUUGAAAUCAACGCGAGUUCAGCUGGAGAAAGAGUUGAUGAUCGAUGAUGUUCUACGGAUCGAAGACAUGCCUUCUUACAGUCUUCUUUCUUGAUAAUUGGCUAUAGUUGAUCAUUACUGGCAUAACUGUUAUUCAUCCCCAUCAUUUCUUACAUGAUAUCAUAUCUAUAAACUAAAGGAAACUCAUUUAGAAGUGUUUAUGAAGUUCUUCUCACUUUAACAGGCCUUUGUAUGCAAGUUUUGACUAGUUAGUUAUAGGGAGAGUUUAGAUGUUGUGGAUCAAUUAAUUGACCAAAUUGUUAGACAAGUUUUUCAUCCUGUAAUGUAAUGUUACUAUUCUAGAGUUAUUGAUUUGAGCUGAUACAUUCAUUUCAA